CAAUAUCAGGGUUUAAAUCUCUCAGUUUAUUUUACCAAGAGCUAAUGAGUGUCUGGAGAACUGAGCUGAAUUAUGAAACAUCACAGGCUGAUUUUGUUUGUUUUUAUCUCAAGUUAUUUCCUUCUGUGUCAAUCCAAACUGCCGAAAAAGAAAUGCGUUAAUGUGGGUUACUGUGACUUCCAACAGCCGCCGUGUGGGGUGUGUGGGCGGAAGAUCAACCUGACAAUAACGGCUAUAAAUAACCUGAACGCCCCCUACUUCAACAUCUCAGUGACUCUGGUCAAUGUUUACCAGAGAAGGUUGAGUUCAAUGAUGGAAGAGGCGGCUAAUAAGUUGUCUAGCUUCAGGUUUAAGCUGAACUACUAUCCCAACCUGGGAUAUUCCAUUGACAGCAUCAACGACCUGGUUAAGACCAAUGAAAGGUAUUGGCUGCUGACUAACAAUGGUGCAGGAGACGAUUUUUGUGGUAUACACAACUACGUACCUGAUCACGAAGAGGAAAUCAUCUUACUUUACUCGCCCUCUUCAUUUGGUUGAUACAAGGCAUAUCGUCUUAGGAUAUCAUUCUGUGGAUACGCGUCUUUGUGGAUAAUGGAUUGUGGAUUGCCAUGCGGACCCUGCGUUUUAUGUUUUUGCCAUACUACUUUAAAAUCUAAUAAAAACUCAUUCAAAAAAAAUCUCAUGAAUCACUUUC